GUCGCUCCCACACGCAGUAAGCACCCAUCCAUCCAUCCAUCCAAUCACUUGGCCUUCUCCUUUCCAUUCGUCUCAUUCGCCGCCUUGGUCGCAGCCACGUCAAUCCUGUACCCCUUCGGUAUGUGCAUCAAAAUGGGUAUCAGGUUGACCGUGUCCUUCCCACCGCCCGAUGCACCAACCCCCCCACCACCACCAGCACCAGCACCAGCAGGGGGCGGCUGUGGUGUGGUUGUCUGCUCCUGUUUCUCCUUUCUCUCGACCUUGUCUCUCUCUCUGCACACGCCCCCGUGGCAUAUGCACCCCUCCCCCACACCCAUCUCCGGCUCACACACGUCCGUGCAGGGCGUGUACUUGUGGCUCCACUGCACCCGAAAACGAUCAUGUGCACGAUAAUGCCGAUGCCGCCCAUCAACCGCCACACAUUCCUCCCUGUAACCGCGGUCGACACACUCCCCCGGAACAGUGAGAUUCCUCCAGAUUCUCGCGUCUCGGUACAGCAGCAGGCACACGUGGUGCCCGUCGGCGCAGCGGCUCACCAGCCGCCCCUCGUAGGGGUCGUACACACACGUGGGCGUCUCGCAUACACCUUUGCUGGGGCUGCAGAUGCACUGGUCGGCUGCGUGAGUGCAGGGGUUGCCGGGGCCGCCGUCGCAUGUGCGGUUGAUGUGGGAGACGAUCAGAUUGCCCUUCUCCUUGACAAUGGGCACCUCGGAACACGGAGCAGGCGUGUUCUUUGCCACACAUUGACCUGCAAAGGGAGAGAAAGACUUAUUCAUUCUCUUUGCGCGUGGACAGUGCAAACCAACCCGCCACCUUGGGUGUUCUUGUCCUGCAGAUGGCCACUGGGGUCGAGGUUGGCCUCCCGAAAAUGCACCAGGCACACCUCAUCAUCACAGCAGGCCUUCUCCAGCUGCCCCUUCAGAAAGUUGUAGAGACAAUGCUCCACUCGAUGCGUCGCACAGGAGGUAUCCACUCCUUGCUGCAUGACACAGAAGGGCACGCACAGUAAGAGAGAGAGGAUGGAAGCGCCCUAUAUGCAUUGUGGUGCUCACUGCGUGUGAGAAGGUGUUGACAUCUAUGGUUAACGUUUGGGGGAGGGGGAGGGGGAGGGAGAGGCCGCUUUUCCUGGCGUUCUCGAGCUUGGACGAACCGACGCAUAGCAGGGAAAGGAGAAACCAUAGAGAACUAAGGGCUGCAACGGCGGAGAUUGGCAUUU